CGUGGGAUUUUAUUUUGUAAACCAGAAAUAAGGAGAGAGAGAGAAAAAACAGAAGAGAUAGGCCGUUGGUUGGGUUGAGGCUCUGAGCAAAGUGGAAAAAUGAAAGCCACGCUUCCAUCAACGACUCCUCAGCUUAGGACUUUCACUUCUCCACCGCUUUCUUUCAACCGUUCCUUCGGUUUCCCGGAAAACAGAAGGAAACUAAGCGGUACCAGCUCUCUUCUAAGGGGUGCACCACCUUCAUUCUCUUACGUUCCACUAAGGGUCACUGCAAAUUCUCAAUCUGCUGCACCUGCUUCUACUGAAGCGGCCAAAGCGACGGUUGUGCCUAGUGAAAUGAAGGCCUGGGUAUAUGGGGAAUAUGGAGGUGUUGAUGUUUUGAAGUUUGAUGAGAAAGUGGCGGUUCCUCGAGUGAAGGAGGAUCAGGUUUUGAUCAAAGUGGUUGCUGCUGCCCUUAACCCUGUUGAUGGCAAGAGAAGACAGGGCAAGUUUAAGGCUACCGAUUCUCCUCUUCCCACUGUUCCAGGCUAUGAUGUUGCUGGUGUUGUGGUAAAGGUUGGAAGUCAAGUAAAGGAGCUAAAGGAAGGAGAUGAAGUGUAUGGAAACAUAAAUGAGAAAGCAUUAGAAGGGCCUAAACAGUUUGGCUCCCUUGCUGAGUACACUGCCGUUGAAGAGAAGCUGCUCGCAUUAAAGCCCAAGAAUCUGGAUUUUGCCCAGGCUGCUGGACUUCCUCUUGCUUUUGAGACGGCCUAUGAGGGUCUUGAGAGGACUGGGUUUUCAGCUGGUAAAUCCAUUCUUGUUUUGAAUGGUGCUGGUGGUGUUGGAAGCUUAGUGAUUCAGUUAGCGAAACAAGUAUUUGGUGCUUCAAAAGUUGCAGCCACUUCGAGUACCGGAAAACUUGAAUUGUUGAAGAGCUUAGGUGCUGACUUGGCUAUUGAUUACACAAAGGAGAACUUUGAAGAUUUACCAGAAAAAUUUGAUGUAGUCUAUGAUGCCAUUGGGCAAUGUGAUAGGGCAGUCAAGGCAGUGAAAGAAGGUGGCAGUGUUGUGGCCCUAACUGGUGCUGUCACACCUCCUGGUUUCAGAUUUGUGGUUACUUCCAAUGGAGAGGUUCUGAAGAAACUAAAUCCAUAUUUAGAGAGUGGAAAAGUGAAGCCAGUUGUUGAUCCCAAGGGGCCGUUCCCAUUUGCUGAGGUUGCUGAGGCUUUCUCUUACAUUGAAACCAAUCGUGCUGUUGGAAAGGUAGUUAUACACCCAGUCCCAUAAAUCCAGUAGAACAAAGAAACAGCCAUUUUGUAUUGCAUGCUGCAAGUCCCUCUAUGGUUAAUUAAGAACAACAAAUGCCAGUUUAUAUCAAUGAAUAAGACGUUAUGAGAUUUUGCAUGCUA